AUGCUACCGCAAAAAGACAAUCAAUCACUUACUUAUGGAGACGCGGACAAUAAUGAUCCCAAAAGAUCCACAGCUGUUUCUAAUAACGCAAAAGAUAAAUAUCUAACCGAGUUCAAUGCGCCAGUUACUAGUGAAAUAACCCUAUUAGCAAAAGCCGCAGAUGAUGAUAGCAGUGAACCAAAUGACAGUGAUUCAUCAAAUAAUGUUCCAUUAACUCAACGAAGAAAUAAUCGAAACAGUGGAUCAGAACAGCUACAAUCAGUCUUGCUGACUGGAACAUAUAAUAUUCAGUCGAAUAACAAAAAAAGGCAAGAGCAGGUGUCAGAAGAACAGUCUGCACACGUUGCAAAACGGACACGUCGCCCAAAGACAAAGCAUUAUUCAAAGAUGAUUAAAUGGCUAACAAUGACGUUUCACGAGCUGAAUCGACAUUUUACACGUUUUUGGGUUCAUCAUCGACACAUUUUUUCCUGUAUACAUCUCUGCUCAACUGCAUUUAUAACUGACGGCUUUCAAAAGCCGAGCAUUUAUAUUUGUUCAAACCACAAUUGGAGUGUGGUUAGCGAGGAACUCGGCUUCAUUCAGCUCGGUUGCGCAAAUAGUCCAGUUGCAAAACCACGGCAACGAACCAAUCCAAACGACGUCUGUGGUGAAAGAAGCCAAGGAGAACCACCAACAUGUCAAGAAUGCCGUGACAUCGGAAUUACGUCCUCAAGAAAUGAUGGAGAAUAUAUUCAAGAUUUUACCUGUAAUGUCGAUCGUCUGCCUCGUAUG